UUGUUAACGUAUGCAAAGUAUAACUUUUAAAAUGUCUAUUUUUGUUCCAGGAUAUAGACUACGAAGGCUUCCACAAGUUCCUGGAUACGUUCUUGGAGGUACGAACGCCGGAAGAGUUAUGCAGACACCUAUUUCUGUCGUUCAUGAAACGAUCGGAGCCGAAGAACAUCGAAGGAUCUACACCAAAUGUUAAUUCCAUAGGAGAAACGAACCUGAGGCACACCGAAGACAAACCGGCUACUUACGGAGAAAUGCUCGUGGAGAAAAUCCAGGGAUUCAGCGAAAAGUUUCUAGGUCACCACAGGUCGGACAGCGAUUGCUCAGCGAGAGGAAAGACAGGCACCGUUCAUCCGAUGUUGACCAUCACGCACACUUCCUAUUCCUGUCACGAUGUGUUAGGGAAGAAGAGCACCGAUUCUUCCCCGUCGCACAGCCAGAUAUCCAGGAAUUCCUCCAGGAAGUCGAAUAACUCCCUCCUUGUGAAUAACGGAAAGUUGGAAGGUAUGUUCAUUCCGCCAUUUUGCAUGUGCUGA